AUGAGUUUAGAUGUAACAUCUCCAAAUAAUAACCCUUCUCCUGACAUCCUCCUCGUUGUACCUGCAGAAUCCGAUGUGAAUUCGAUUGUAUCUCAUUCUGUUUCAUCUCCUUCCCAAGUUAACGACUCUAACAAUGCCACAAAUCCUUCGCAAGGCACCAAUUCUCCAUACGUUAGUGAUACUGACAAUACCACUAUCCUUCCGGAAAUCACAACCUCCCAAGUUAACAAUCCUAGCAUUACCGCAAAUCCUCCGGAAGGCAUCACACCUUCCACAGUAACUAUCCACGUGCCAACACAAGCCUCCCAAAACUUCUUACGCCGGAGGAUACUCCUCACUACGCCCAAACCUCCCCGUAAAUUGCGCACUAUCGCACCACCACAACCACGCAAUUGGGAGAAACCUCUUGGAGCCAUCCCCAGCUUACUCAAACUAUGUCUCUCUCCCCGACCAGAGCCACAUGAACCCCAGUACUACUAUCGCUUAAAACACGAAUAUCGCGGACCUACUCAGCGACGCUGUUUUAACCCAAUUCCGGCACCUCUAUGCCUUCUCUGCAGCCAAAGUACUCAUCUUACGCGAGCUCAAGCCAUGUUCCGGAAGCCUGAUGAUGACGAUUUUGGGACUCGCAAGGUCGUCAAGGCAAAACCGUUACCAACUAAAUACUCUCAGAAAUUGUCCAUGACUGGAAAGGAUUUUGUAUCAAGUGGGUCUGAGGGCGGAGGAGCGUAUACAAGACAACCUACAGAGGCUCAGGCCUCUUCUAGUGCGGCCUUAUCAGAAGAUGAGAAGAAUAAGAUUCAUGCAAAGAUACUGAAGGCUGAAAUGAAAGGAGAUACAGAACUUGUGGAAAGACUGAGGCGGAAACUGGAGGGUGGAUCGGGUGGAUCUACAAGCUCUGAAAAAUCAGUGAUUCUGUUGAAGAGAGAUAGAUCAGGAAACGUCGUACCCGCUCGAAGUAAUAAAAGUUCUUCUGAGCGUUUUGUCGAGACCUCGUCACGCAUUCAACGUGAGUAUGGGAAGGAACAAAACUUCAGGGAUAUGGUUCAAGAAGAGAAGUCGUCAACCGCGGAAGAUCAGCUGAUGUUGUUCCAUAAAUCGAUCAUCAAAAGCGCUAAAGUGCGGCGACAUGACGAUGAAAGUCUUGACGAUAUCGCCGAAAUGCAAAACGAGAAACGUAGCCGCAAAGAGAAGGAUGAACGGCUGAGCACAAUUCGCAAGAAAAAAGAACAUCAACGCUUGGAACGUUCUUUAGACGAUUGUGUCAGAUGUCUGGAAAGUAGAAAACUGGCCAAACAUGCAGUUGUAGCGAUUGGAAUCCACACAUAUCUGGCUGUCGCAGAGUGGGAUGGUUUAGACGAACAACAUUGCCUUAUUGUACCCACUGAACACACAAGUUCAAGUAUACAAUUGGAUGAAAAUGUUUGGGACGAGAUGCGAAUAUGGAGAAAAGGUCUGGCUGCUUUAUGGCGAGCCAACGAUCAAGACUGUCUUUUUGUGGAGAUGUCUCGAAAUGUUGGAGCUGGUCCCCACCUGAUCAUCGAGUGCAUACCCGUCCCUGUGGAAAUUGGAGACGUAGCGCCCAUUUAUUUCAAGAAAGCGAUUUUGGAAUGCGAGGAAGAGUAUGCGGAUAACAAAAAACUUAUCGAAAUCAAAGACUUACGGCGACAAAUACCGAAGGGCUUUAGCUACUUGGCGGUGGAUUUCGGUCUAAGCAACGGAUUCGCUCAUGUAAUCGAACACAAUGACACUUUUCCGUCAACAUUUGCCCAUGAGAUCAUUGCUGGCAUGCUCGAUUUGCCAGCUAACAAGUGGAGACAUCGAAAACCGCAAGACUUUGCUGUGUUGAAAGCGAAGUGCGAUGCAAUGAAAGCUGCAUGGGAACCAUAUGAUUGGACGAAAAGAAUAGACAGGAGUAAAUAAUGUUAGGACUUGUCUGUAAAGUAUAUUGAUGGCUUCUACCUCCACUCUAAUAAAUCCGCAUCUCUAACAAGUAGCUCCAUCCCUUGCCUUUUUUCUUGACUUGAUGCUUUUAUUCCUUCAUCUUGUUUAAAGCCUAGAAAGAUGAGAAACAAACGUAGA